AUGGCGAAAGCUUCCCAUACAUUGCAAAAAGGUGCUGUCGUCCAGCACACCGCCAAAGCCCAUUACCUGAAAGGUCAACUGCUUGAAGAGAGCAUGGAAUUUGGAACAUGGAACAACUGCCUAAAGGGAAUCUUUGGCAACAACCAUUCACUUCUGCGAUAUCUCUGUGUGCCUUUUGCUGCACUGCAGGAAACACGCAGAGGGAUCGGCCCGUCAUCAGCAUCGAAAAUUACACCAUAUACUGCGGCGAUGCUGAUGAGAACAAAAUGCGCCUUUCUACGACUGCAGGAUCGCAGAGGACGUAAACUCUGGAUCGUAAGUGCUCACGCACCUACGGAAACCGCUGAGGACAACAGUAAGGACGCCUUCUGUGAUGAACUCAAUGCGUUGAUGUCUAAAAUACCAAGCCAGCAGGUGGUCACUGUCGGAAUUAACGCAAAUGCGAAGAUGGGACUCGAACAGCAAUCCGAUGUACUAGGAAAAUGGUACUAUGCAGCGGAGCGCACGUCCGACAACGGUGACCGUCUGGUCGACUUGUGCGAACAGACGGGCCUCAUCAUCGCUUCCACAUUUAAGAGGAAUCAUCGACGCCAUCAGCUCACGUGGCAGGAGUCAACCCUUUUAACGCCUGAAGAGCAGCGCAAGCGGAAGAUGAGGACUCUUAAAAUUCAGCUCGACUACGUUCUUGCGAGGAACAUUCCUCAGUCAGAUACCCGAAAAUCUAGAGCUGUUUUGGACGUCGCGUUCGACUCUGACCACCGUCCAGUUCUUCUCAGCUUCAAGAUACGGUUCCACAAGAGAAACCGAGGAGUUCCUCUUCAACCGAAAAUCGACAUGGCAGGUCUGAAAGACGAUGAAUGCAGAAGCGAUGGAGCAGAAGAAAAUUCCGCCAACGACGCUGCAAGGGAAACGCUCCCGGUUCUAUUGCCGCGGAAGAAGUUUGCCUUUGCAUCUGCGGAAACAAAAUCCACAUACAAUUCUGUAUGUGUCGCGCGCAGCGCUAGUGACUUCAACCAGGAAAAGCGUCUUAGAAGGAAGCUGCGUCGUCAACUGCAACAAGACCGCGAUAACGAGUGGACGUCAAGAGCGAUGGAGUUUGAGAAGGCGUGGGAGGACAGGAACCUGCGGAAAGCCUACGCUCUACUAAAACAGUAUAGCGGCAAAAUGAAAAGAUGUUCCCAUGUCCUCAACACUGCUAAUGGGGUAGCCGUCGGUGAAGCAACCCUUCCAAUUUGGAAGGAACACUUCAAGAUCUUGCUGAACCGGCUAGCACCGUCAGCUCCUGAACUCGAACACGUUCAUAAACCAACAUAUGCGGUUAACGAGGAGCCACCGACCGAGUCGGAGGUCCUGGUCUGUAUUCAGAAAAUGAAGAAUGGAAAAUCUGGUGGAGACGACGAGAUUAGCGCAGAAAUGCUGAAAUAUCUUUCUCCGUCUGGGAUUCGUGAGAUGACAAAGAUCAUCCGUUCAAUAUGGAUAAACGAAAGGUUACCUGAUUCGUGGAGACACGCUAUCAUAAUUCCCCUCCACAAAAAGUUAUCCGUCACGGACCCAAGGAAUUAUCGAGGAAUCUCUUUGCUGCGUGUUAUGUACAAGGUACUGCAGCGCAUUAUCCUGGACCGACUCAUUAAACAUCGCGAAGAAACGACGCGCGACGAGCAAGCUGGCUUUCGUCCUGGCCGAUCUACGAUUGACCAGGUGUUCAUCGUCAGGAGAGUGAUCGAAAUCUGGCAGCAGUAUUCGAAGCCAAUGCAACUAGCGUUUCUGGACUUUGAAGCCGCGUUCGACUCUCCUCACCGAGGCCGUCUUCUCAACGCACUUCGCGCCGAUGGAGUACCAGGAAAGUUCGUUCACUUGCUUGAUGACAUGAAUCAACGAACAACUGCUGCAGUUCGAGCACCAGCCGGAUGUACAGCACCGUCUGAAGUGGUAACUGGAGUAAGACAAGGGGCGGUGGCAGGACCCUUCAUGUUCAAUUUCGCCAUCGACGACAAUAUGCGAAGAACAGUCGACCAGUGUCCUGCCGACAUUGUCUUAGCACCAUCAGGGUGCCCCUUGACUGACCUCGAGUACGCCGACGAUGUUGUUAUAUUCGCGGAAAUCAGUACUAAACUUCAACAUGUUGUCAACCUUGUAUCGAAGCUGGCUGCAGCCUACGGACUACGCCUACGCCCUGAUAAAUGCAAGCAGAUGUGGAUCUCUUCGAGACCUCGAACGGGAAUCAGGGUGGACGGACAACCGAUAGAACUCGUCGAUGAGUUCUGUUACCUGGGCUGUAUGCUGAAGAACAACGGCAGCUACGAGAGAGAUGUUCAGCAAAGAUGCGCUAAGGCCGCUUCUGCAUUUAACUCCUUAACGAAAUGUCUGUGGUCGACCCCCAUCACCAACGAAGUCAAGCUGCGAGUCUACCUAUCCGCAAUUCGUCCCAUCAUGAUGUACGGAUCGGAGACUUGGGCAGCACCAUCAACGGUUAUGGAGAGGCUUGACUGCACGGAACGAAAGCUGCUUAGACGGCUACUUGGCUACUUUUGGCUUAGGGUAUGCCACAAUGAAGAUCUUUACGCAGAAAUUGGUGUGGUUUACCGGAGGAUGACACAUGGAGGAUAUCAACAUCUUACACCGCCUUCCAAAGCGGCUGAAGUAAAUCGUCUUUGCUUCUUUGGUCAUAUAUUAAGGAGACCGGCAGAUCGCCUUGUCCAACGAGUUCUGAAGAGUUCGUCGGGUUCGAGCUGGAAGAAGUCGCCUGGCCGAAAACGGAAGUUUUGGACUGAGGUGGUAAAAGAGGACCUGAGGGUACUCGGCGUGGAUAGGCAGUUUAGGCGAGACGUAAAGUUUCGCAGAACAUGGAAUAGCGGCGAAUGGAUUAAUUCUGUGCAAGCUCUUGCAGAAGAUCGAGAAGGUUGGGCAGAGCUGUGUUCAAGGACGGCACACCUCGGUGAAGAUGCGGCAAUCGCGCCAGGCGAUGACAUCAGCCCGCCGAUUAAGUCAAGCAAGUCAAGUAAGUCAGGGUUCACUGACACACAACAGGACCUGAAUCUCUUUGCUUUGCAGUCAGCUUACCUUUUCUUUAUUUGA